UGGAUACAACGAGCAGGAACAGGCGGCCAGGAGACGCACUCACUAUGCUGGGGAUUGUUUGAAGCCGCAAUGGGAGUUAACACAUCCAAGUUUCUAGAGUUCCUGUUAUCGGCGUCGUCACGCUAAACAAAGACUUUGGUUUCUGUUUUCUAUCUCUCUGAAUGAGGGGGGUUUGCCUGCGUUUUUGUCCGAGGCGUUUCUCGCACAGGAUGUUGAUGAUAUUGGAAAGCCGGGUAAGAUCAUAAAGUCAGUUCUCUCAGAUGAGAACGAUCUCCUCCUCACCACCAUCACUAAACAAAGGGAACCACGGUACAAGUACUUUUUUCUUCUUCUCCCCCCACAAGCCAUCAUCUAAUUUUGUUGAAUGUCAUUAAGAAGCAGAGGGGGCUGUUUCAAAGACAAAAUGGAUCACUUUGCAGCAGAGUGCCUUGUUUCAAUGUCCAGUCGGGCAGUUGUUCACGCUCCUAAAGGCAACAGGGAGAUUAAACCAGAAAUCCCGUCCUCCUCCAAGAACGGAGAGGAAAUAAAAGAGCCUUUGGUGAAGGAGAACUCCUCGCUUUUUGUGGUGGCGCGGAUUCUGGCGGAUUUUAAUCAGCAGACUCCCAACAGUGUUGCCGAGCAGGCAAAAAUAAAGGACGAGAGCAUGCCGAACCUCAUAGAUGAUGGAAACUCUGCCACACCUACCACCAUCGCCGAUCCUUCGCUCAAACAAAGAGGCAAAAGAUCGAGAGGUCGAACUGAGCAAGAGAAAAGGCACAGAUGCCACUAUUCAGGUUGUGAAAAAGUUUAUGGCAAAUCAUCCCACCUCAAAGCCCACCUAAGGACACACACAGGAGAACGGCCAUUCCCAUGCACCUGGCCCGACUGCAGUAAGAAGUUUGCCCGCUCCGAUGAGUUGGCCCGCCAUUACCGCACCCACACCGGGGAAAAGAAAUUCGGCUGCCCUCUUUGCUACAAACGCUUCAUGCGCAGCGACCACCUGACGAAGCACGCCCGGCGCCACUCAGAUUUUCAGCCAGGCAUGCUGAAGAGGCCCCACGGCAGCAGCACCACACGUCCCAGCUCCCUCAGCGACUACAGCCGCUCAGAUGCCUCCAGCCCCACCCUCAGCCCCACCCUCAGCCCAGCCAACUCGCCUUAAAAUGAAACCUGGUCGCACUUUUCUGCCUCCAGACUGUGAGGCCCCUGUUUUCAUCAUAACACUUUUGUUGCACAGUUGUCUGCAACCCCCCCCAACCUACACCCCGCCCACCCUUUGCUAUUUCUGCGCUUGCUGUGGUGUACCAUACUGUACAUAACUGCUUAUUGUAGUGCAAUUACUUGUGUGAUCCGAAAAGAAGAUAAUGCCUUUCCCAGAUGGCGAUCUCUACAUUCUGUACCACAUGUCUGUUUUUUUGUUUGUUUUUUUUCUUUUAGCUUCUGAUUGCUAGUUGUUCAGUGUACUUUCACAGUGGGGAAAAAAACAGACACCCUGAUAAGUCUUAUCAAAAAGUUUUUUGUUGGGUUUUAUUUAAUUUUUCUUUGUUUUUUGAACGGGUUUGGAGAAGGGGUACACACACACACCUCAGGAUUGAAGACAGUUGCUAUUUCUGUAAACCACAGUACUUAAGAGUACUCACACUGACUGCACAAUAUACUCAUCACUUUACUCUAAAAUUCAACUCCUGUUGAAUUUUACGCCCUUCUCAGGGAUGGCCUUGUUAGCUUGAAAGAAUGAACACGGUGAAGAGAAACAUACAGUACAUAUAUCUCAGCCUUACACUCAACACAAUUUGCACUCUAAGCUUCUUUGUUAACUUUCACAUUCAAGGAAAGUAGAUGUACAGUCACUUGGUCAUUCAUACAUGAAACUUUAGGUCUGUUAUCUCUUAUGCUCUAAGGGGAUUCAUAUGUAAUAUACAGUGAUUGCUGUGUUUUGAGAAAACAAUCAGUAUCCUCAUUUCUGAAAGCAAAAUGCAUCUGUUCCCUCACCGCUAUGUUAAUUUUCAUUGACAUUACACUGGCGUAGAUGUGUACCGCAUUAAAUAGUUGUGCGCAGUUUUGUGAAUCUGCACUGCAGGAGGGUUGGGAUUAUGUUGGGGUUUUAUAAAUAUACUCAAGUUAAAAAAAAAAAAAUCUUCUGAACCUUUAAAUAGAGACAGUCAAGUUUCAAAGCAGCUGUUCAUGCUUAAAAAAAUGCUGUGUCAUUAACAUGCAUUAAAAAAUACAAAAUGGAAAAGGGACUUAUUAAGUUGAAAAAAGGCCUAACCAUCUCUCAAGCACAUAGGAAAAAGUACCAAAGACAAGAGUGAAUGAAAGCUUUCUUCUGAGUCCUGUGAACUGCCCCUCACUGAGGCCUGGUUGGUAGUAUCACAGGUAUAGCCAGACGCCUGCUCACUUCCCACCUCUAGGCUCUGCCCUUAGUGGCUUCCUUAUAGGAAACAGCUGCACCCAAAAGAAGCCAUUCAAAACCUGCUGGAGGGAGUGCUAGCAUUUCAUUCCCUGCGGAGUUCUUCCUCAUCUGGCUCUACCUGUCCUGUCGGAAAGCAGUGAAACUCUGAGCCUGCCAAGUUAUGUUUGGGUUUCCUAACUCAGAUGCCAAAUGCAGGUCAGAGUGUUAGGCAGAUCUGAGUUGGCCUGAACUAUGACAUCUUGGAGCAAGUUUGGGGGGGCAGAUAUCUGCACAAACAGGCAAGAGAAGGCAGGUCCAGAUAAGAGAGGAGGUUUAUCAUGAGCUGAGCAGCACAAAGGAGGAGACGCGCAGUCGCAGACACCCCCAUUUCCUCCUUCUUCCCCCUCCUCCCUCUAACUGUAGUAACAGCCAGCAGAAAAAAAUGGCUGUAAUUAGUGGCUUGAUCUAAACUGUAGGAUAAAAGGGGGAGAGAGGGGGGGAGUGUAUGAACAGUUUUCUGUAGACAACGCUAGCAGUGUGGGUGGGAUGUACCCAGCUCCAUCCGAAGCACAAACAGAAUUCCUCUGCUUCUGCUGGAGAGUCAGAUUUCACAAUGCCAAGGAAACCAUCGCUCCAGGCUCAAAUUGAUAAACCUGAACUCACAAACAGCUGCUUUUAAACUUCUCUCUCACAACAAUAGGGGCUUUUAAAUUGUUGUAAAAACAUUUGAACCAAAUUAAACAUAUCAGCAAAGUGUAACACUCACCAGCCUCACGUCAUCCAGCAUGUGAAGCUCAGAUGUCCCGUGAGAAAGCUGACUUGUGUUUCUAGACAGACAUGCUUCAAUAAGUCAGGCAAAAGGCACAGUAAACCUUCCAUGGAAAUGGGCACCACUAUCUAAACUGCAGCAGCCCAGCCAGUCUGUGUUAUGCCUGCAUUUUCUUUUAAUGCUUCAGUGCUACAGUUGGAAAUGGUGUCAUCUAUGUAGUUUGGUCUUGUCAGACUCCUUCAAACUUACUGCCAUCAAGAACUGCGUUUGUAAACUCAACUCAUGGGCUCCUGCCCUGCAGUCCUGUGUUUGACGCUGUGUGCAUGUUAAGCUAGCCUUGGAAGCCAGGAUCUUUUAUUUUUUCAUUUGAGGCGGUCCAGCAGGUGUAAGUUCAUGAAAGGCAAGCCUUGUCCCUCGUCUCCACAGCAGCCAUCUCUCUUUUAAGUUGAGAUGAAUCCGCCGACACGUUCUUCACAAAGAAAACAUUUCUUAUUUAGAUCAAAUGCAGUUGUUUCCUCAAAAACAUCAUUACAAAGACAGAAAAAAGAUGUAAGAUGUUAAAAUGUUUUCCAGGCUGCAAGAUGACACUUUGAAUGCCACUAAUCAGCAGCUCUCAGAGACAGAAGUGAGAGUUACGUUUACCAUUUCUUAAAAAUUAACUCUUCAAAUUUAUGUCAAACUUCUUUUUUUGUUUUGUACAUUAACUAUUUUUUUUUUUUUUUUUUUUGCAUUUGAAUUUUUGAGCUGGUUUGAAGUGAAACUCGCAUAAAAAAAAAGACAAUUUUUAAAAAGGAGAAAAAAAAGAGGAAUUUUCUGAGUAGCUCACCAUCAAGCAUUAAUCAGUUUUUAAUCUAUAAUCUGCACAUUUUCCUCAGGGUCAACAUCUGCCAAGCAGAUAUGGGACAGUUUGUGGGUUUUGUUGUAACAUCAGUUUCCGCACACAUAUAUCAGCCUGCCUCCCCUCGCUGUUCCUGGGUGCUUGGUGUUCACUGCAGGUCAGUGUCCGGCCACACUGGAAAUACAGGAACUCCUCAGUGCAGGCUCAAACCCGUUUUGCUAUUUGCAUGUCUUCAUAUAACAUUCUGCAGUCCUGCUAUUGAUGUCCUCUGGAGCUGUUUUCAGCAAAAUGCCCCUUUAAACACCUUUGACCUUUAGAGUUAGUAGAAUUACAGAACGGAAGCUCCUACGGUCUGAAAACAAAGCAACAGUGAUAGUAUAAACAUCCCAGUCUAUCCAUCCAGACUGCAGCAGUGACAUGUAGGCGUCCACAUGGCAGAGUGUCUCAAAACUUUUAAUCUCACUGUAACAAAUGUACUUGAAUAAUUCCAACACAAAAGGCCAUUGAACACAGUUUUGUACAUGUCCAGUUUUACUGUACUGGCUUUUGUUGUCUAAUUAUAAACUUCUUUGAAGAAAGGUGUACAGUCGUUCACUCUUUUGUUAGGGUUUUCAUGAGGUUUUUCUUCUGGUUUUAUGAAUGUUUUCAGCUCAUUUCAACUCAUCACUGCAUAGAGCUUGACUGUUAUUUUAGUAGAGCUGUUUAAAAAGCACCAUUUUUACUCAGAUGAGGAUUUUUGCUCCAUCGAUGGGAUUUGCCCAUGUAAUCAGGAACAUUUAAUACUCUGUUGAUGUCAGGAUGUAGGUUGUUCCAGUUUGCCUGCCAUCCAGAAAUUCCUUUAAGACAUAAAAAAAAAGCUCUUUUUUAAAAAAAAAAAAUUGUGACGGGGGGUGGGGCUUCUUGAGCUUUGUGUAUUUCAUUUUCAGAUUGAGUGAUUGAUUUGCUUUAUUAUUCUUUUACAUUAUUUUCAACAUUUUCCAUUAAGAUAGAGACCACAGCAUUGUGAGUUAGCAGUGUAGUCAUAAAGUUUAUUAUUGUUGUUUUUUUCAUCAAAUGUUUAAGGUUGUAAAUUUAAAAAAAAUCAUACCUCUUCAAAUAUUUUAUGUUUUUCCUUCAUAUCUUUUCAAAACAGUAGCUUAUGUUUGCUAGAUUUGUAGCACAAGUAUUUGUUGCUUUUUUUUGUUCCUACUUGAAUGAUGAAGUAGAGAAAGAGAUAGUUUUUCUGUAAACAAAACAAAACAUUGCUACAUUUUUAUAUAACCAUCCCAUAUUACCAGUUCCUGCACGCCCUCCUUGAUUAAAGAAAUAAUCUUUCCAUGAAUGAUUUAAAACAAAAACAUACUUUUUAUUAUCUUAUGUUACAAAACAUAUUCAAACAUCCCAAUCAUUCUGCGCUUCAUAUAGUCUUGGACUUAAAAUCUUUUUAAAUUAAACUUCAUGCUUGUCAUCACAGUAAGAUUGCAGUUUUUUGUUAACAAAGAAAAAAAAAUUAAGAUAAAGCAAUGACUAAAUGCAAGAUUUUAAGAUUUAAGUGUGCAGGUUAAUAUUUUCUUCUGAUUGUAUAAAUCCUAUAAAUGCAAAUUAACUGUUGCCAAGUAUGUAAACGACUAACAGUUCAUAUAAGAAGUUCACAUUAAUGACGUCAAUAUGUCCCUGAUCAGACUGUCUCAGCAGAAGUGUGAAGCAUGAUUGACGCGACUGUGUGCCAAAACUAUAGUGGUAACUUCAUAAAGAGGAUGCAAAUAUUGAGGGUAAUUAACCUAGCUUCUCUCUUGACAUUAAACAAACUUGUACAGUUUUAUAGAGUGACAUGUCUUUCUUUUAUGUACAGGAUUUAAUGAAGCAACGCUGUGUAUUUGAUAUGCGGCUGUUCUAAGUUAUAUUUCUUUUCUGCUUUAUGUAAACAUUUUGAAUGUGUAGCUUUGUUUUUAUUAUUUAAUUUAGUCUUCAUUUUGUUUUCUGUCCAAUACUCAAGCAGUGUAUAAUGGCUUGUUGCAGGUAUUUUUAACAUAAAUCAGUCUUAAUGAUAAUGGAUGCCCAACCAUUCCAAAGGACUGAAAUUUGCAUUUGCUAUAAAUGUGCUGCUUCGAUUGACCCAAUGCAUCUUUGUAGGUUAUGAAUAGAAGUCUGUCCUGACUGUGAGGUCUUUUACAUUGUGAGUUGUGCACAAGGUACGUUUCUCCCACAUUGUCUGACAUAAUUUAGGCUCAUUGUGUAGGCCAAGCCAUACCUACAAUAUUUAAAAGUUACAGAGCAUGUCUUCCCUCACGACAAAGGCCUAAGGCUUUUUAAAGUAGGGAUUUUAUUCUUUUAUUUAAGAGGCAGCCAUAGAAAUAUAGAUUGGUUGUUGAUUGUUGUUACCAAAGGCUUUGAAGGGAAAGAUGAAUGUUGCAGUAAUUUUGAAUCCAACACUGUUUGUGUUGCUGGGUUCAUUUUUAUUUGCUGUAUGUGCUGAUAAAUGGAUGUUGUGCUUGAUAUGGACCUUUUUCUACAUCUCAAGUGGGUAAUAUUUUGGGUUAUUUUUUAUUACUUUUAGAGGUAACUUGAAUGAGCAGAACCCAUUCAGUCAUAUAAGCAAACAAACUCUGAAUGAGUCUAAAGAGAUGGAGCAGCAAGAAAGUGCAGCAUGGCCGAGAAGCAGACCCGAUCUGUUGGGAUUCUCUGCUACUGUGUGGUCUCACUGAGCCACUUGAACUUGAACUGUGCAGCAUCUGCUCUUUACUGUAGAGAAAGUCUUUUGGAUAAUGUUGCCCUUAAAGGAUUAGUUUGUUCCAGGUUAUGCAGCAUGCAGUGCUGCCAAUGACCUCACGUACAAAGAGAGAGAGAGCCUUUCACCAGCCUUUUGGUUCUGGUUCUUUUUCUGUACCUGUUUGUCUUCAAUGUACCUCCUCAGUGUGAUGUUGCUCUCUUGAUGAUACCUCUGUGUGAUUCUCCUCUGCCCCUCACCAUCAGUUGCCUGUUGUAGUGACUCCAUGGUGCUGCUUCCCCUCUUAAAGCACCAGUAUAAUCUCUUCUGUAAAUAACUCUCCACUCAGCUAUGGCCAGUACAUUCUCCAAUGACCUCACUUAAACCUUCAGGUGUAACUUUGUUUUUGCUUUUUUGUUUGUUUUGAGUUUUUUUUUUCUCUCGGCAAACCAAAAUCACUACAUUCAAGUAUUACAGUUGUACAGUUCCUUGGAUUCUACACACAUUAAAUGUGCUGGUCUUAGCUGCUCUGCUGUACCUUUUUAUGGCAUUAUUUUUUACAUGUUAGACAAUAUAUUGUGACCAUGUCCUAUGCAAAUAUGAAAAAUAACAGAUUGUUGAAAAAUGUAUGUUGUCAUAACUUGUAUGCAUGAAAUAGUGAGGUUUACAUUUGGAAAUAAAUUCAUAAAAUAAGACGCCA